AUGUUCCUGGAUCGCCUACGUAACGCUCGACCCAACAGCGCGUACGUGGUAGAGUCCUUCGAUGUCACUGCCCUCUAUACGAACGUGUCGAAUAACUCCGCUAUGCAAGUCAUCCGCGAGUUCCUUAUACAACACGAAGGAGCAAUAAACAUGUACGGCGUCUCGAUUCAGCAGUUGAUGACACUCUUAAAGGAGUGCCUAAACUGCUCAAUCUUCAGAUGGUCCGAGAGGUAUUACGUACAAAUGAGAGGGCUGGCAAUGGGACAACGACUGGCACCAAGCCUUGCCAUUGCAUUCAUGUCUAAGGUGGAAGCGCCAGUAAUCGACCUCGGUCCGUUACUCUACUGUAGAUAUAUAGAUGACUGCUUGGUCAUUUGUUCAACACAAGAAGAAAUUGACAGAUGUUUCGAGUUGUUGAACGAACAGUCAGAGUAUAUUAAACUCACCCGAGAGAAACCAAAAGAAGACUGGCUUCCAUUUCUGAACGUGCAAAUUAGCCUAUCAGAAAACGGCUACACUACGAAGUGGUAUCGAAAGUCAGGUAGUAAAAAUAUUUUGGUUCAUUACCUCUCCUCUCAGCCCUCUCACAGGAAGAGGGCGCUUGUGAGAAAGAUGUAUCGAACAGCUACCAGCGCGUGCACAGGAAGACUUCCAAUGGCUACGAAACUGUAG